CCAAUCAUAAUCGAACAUGCUUGCCACCCCAUAGUUGAAACUUUUAUACAAACUCUCUCCUUCUUUAUCCAACUACUACUAACAAUAAAUAAAUAAAAUAUUUUAAUUUCAUAUAUAUAAUACGUUGUGAAAUCCUUGCUGUACAUUGGCCUCCUCACCUCAACGAACGCUCAUUCAGUAAUGGAUAGUGCUCGAAUGCGAGGCUGCUAUGGCGCAAUCAUUGUUUCCCUUUUGCUCAUAUCAACCACUCAGGCUGCUAACUAUCUGAGCCUGAUUAAUCAGUUCUUGGCUCCUCAAAAUGCUGCUCGUGUGGCCAUCAGAAUGCGGCCAUUGGUGUGGGAUUCAAGGCUGGCGCGUUAUGCUCAGUGGUACGCCAACCAAAGGCGGAAAGACUGUGCAUUGAGGCACUCCAAUGGACCUUACGGGGAGAAUAUCUUCUGGGGUAGUGGCAAUGGCUGGACGCCGUCCCAGGCGGCCGUGGCGUGGGUUGCAGAAAGGAAAUGGUACAAUUACUGGUCUAAUUCAUGCACCGGAGGGGAGGAAUGCGGGCACUAUACACAAGUUGUGUGGGGCAGAACCAGGAGAGUAGGGUGCGCCAGAGUGGUGUGCGAUGGAGGGAGGGGUGUUUUCAUGACUUGCAACUAUGAUCCUCCUGGGAAUUAUAUUGGUGAAAGACCUUACUGAAUUCUUAGUUCCCAUUAAACCUUUUUUUUAAGUGGAUGUUAUGUGAGAUUUAAGUUUUUCACAUUGCCAUAUAUAUGCGUGGGGUUUUGUGUUUUCUGUAAGUCCUUACUAGACCUUUUUUCCCCUUUUCAAUUUUAAUUUUCUAAGUUCACAUA